CACUCCAUCCCCCAAAGCAGCUCCCCCCAGUCCCCCACCCAGCUCGCUCCACACUGCCCGGCCCGCAGCCCCUGGCGCGCUAGCUUGCUCUAGCUAGGCCAGCAAGGUCGCGCGCGCGCCAUUAAUCUUCCUCGCCCGCGGCAUUGCCUCGUCCCGGCCGGCGGCGAGGGGAUCCAGCUUUGGCCAAGGGCUUAGCAGGCGAGCGAUGGACGCGGCGGUGGGGCUGCCGGACGCGUGGUCGCAGGUGCGGGCGCCGGUGAUCGUGCCGCUGCUGAAGCUGGCCGUGGCGGUGUGCCUGCUCAUGUCGGUGCUGCUCUUCCUCGAGCGGCUCUACAUGGCGGUGGUCAUCGUCGGGGUGAAGCUCCUCGGCCGCCGCCCGGAGCGGCGGUACAAAUGCGACCCCAUCUCCGAGGACGACGACCCGGAGCUCGGCAGCGCCGCCUUCCCCGUCGUGCUCGUCCAGAUCCCCAUGUUCAACGAGCGGGAGGUGUAUCAGCUGUCGAUCGGCGCGGUGUGCGGGCUGUCGUGGCCGUCGGAUCGGUUGGUGGUGCAAGUGCUGGACGACUCCACGGACCCCCUCAUCAAGGAAAUGGUUCGGAUGGAGUGCGAGCGGUGGGCGCACAAGGGGAUCAACAUCACGUACCAGAUCCGGGAGGACCGCAAGGGGUACAAGGCCGGCGCGCUCAAGGCGGGGAUGAAGCACGGGUACGUGCGCGAGUGCGAGUACAUGGUCAUCUUCGACGCCGACUUCCAGCCGGACCCCGACUUCCUCCACCGCACCAUCCCCUACCUCCACCACAACCCGGAGAUCGCCCUCGUCCAGGCGCGAUGGAGGUUUGUGAACGCCGAUGAAUGCUUGAUGACGAGGAUGCAGGAGAUGUCCUUGGAUUACCACUUCAAAGUGGAGCAGGAAGUGAGCUCCUCCGUCUGCGCCUUCUUCGGCUUCAACGGAACCGCCGGUGUGUGGCGCAUUUCUGCAGUGAAUGAAGCAGGGGGCUGGAAGGACCGGACCACCGUGGAGGACAUGGAUCUGGCUAUCCGGGCCAGCCUCAAGGGAUGGAAGUUUGUCUACCUCGGCGAUGUUCAGGUUAAGAGUGAACUCCCCAGCACUUUCAAAGCCUUCCGGUUUCAGCAGCACAGAUGGUCUUGUGGUCCGGCAAACCUGUUCAGGAAGAUGCUGUUGGAGAUUGUGACAAACAAGAAAGUGACAAUCUGGAAGAAAUUCCAUGUCAUCUACAACUUCUUCUUGGUGCGCAAGAUCGUCGCCCACAUUGUGACAUUCACCUUCUACUGCAUAAUCAUCCCGACAACCAUCUUUGUCCCUGAGGUUCAUAUACCAAAGUGGGGUUGCGUCUACAUUCCAACCAUCAUCACCCUCCUCAAUUCUGUUGGAACUCCCAGGUCUUUCCACUUGCUUUUCUUCUGGAUCCUCUUCGAAAACGUCAUGUCGCUGCAUAGAACCAAGGCCACAUUGAUUGGCUUGUUAGAGGCAGGCAGGGCGAAUGAAUGGGUCGUCACGGAGAAGCUCGGCAGCGCCAUGAAGAUGAAAUCCGCUAACAAAGCAUCAGCCAGGAAGUCAUUCAUGAGGAUGUGGGAGAGGUUAAACGUUCCGGAGCUCGGCGUGGGAGCCUUCCUCUUCUCAUGUGGAUGGUACGAUGUCGCGUUCGGGAAGGACAAUUUCUUCAUAUACCUUUUCUUCCAGUCGAUGGCUUUCUUCGUCGUCGGGGUUGGCUACGUUGGCACAAUCGUCCCACCGUCAUAACUGAAAGAACGUCGGGAUCAUGCGCUCUGCAGUUCACAGUUCCCUGAGAAAUCAGCAAAAGAUUAGUUGGCCGUGCAUAGCCAGUUUAAAAGUAAAGAUCACGCAGUCUUCUCGGGGUUUCUCUCUGUUUUCCUUCCUCUUUGGAGACUGAUAGUAUUGCAGCAUUCCCUUGAAUGUGCUAUUGUAAAAGAAAGCCAAGUGCGGUGUAAGGUCACUGCAUGUGUAUUUGUGGUGUUCUCUUUUUGCUUGUAGCAAGUACGUGCCGUGAUUAUGGGGAGCAGGAUGUCUCUGCUUCCAAGUCGAAUGUAAUACUAAUAGUAUAAGAAAGAAAAAAAGGUUCAGGCA